AUGACCGAAUCAGAGACUAAGAUGGACUCCCCGGAACCUCAAGCCAAUGAGACUACGAUCAUUGCCAACCACGUGCCCGAUUCCACAGAAGUCUUGCACAAUGCCCAACUGAGCCUUGUUAUUCUGGGGCUUUGGCUAUCACUCUUCCUAUGCUCUCUCGAGACGACCAUUGUCAGCACAUCCCUCAUCCAUAUAGCAAGCGACCUUAAUGACUUGAGUAAUUCUGGAUGGAUUGUUGUCGCAUAUCUUUUGACUUUCAAUGCAUUCAUACUCAUAUGGUCUAAGUUAAGCGAUACAUUUGGGACGAAAUGGCUCUUACUCUCCGCCAAUACCGUCUUUUGCAUCUUUUCUAUUGCUUGCGCCGUUUCUAAAACGAUGGUCCAAUUGAUUAUCUUCAGAGCGUUUCAAGGCAUUGGUGGUUCCGGAAUGUAUUCUCUUACCUUCGUCAUUUUGGCUCAGGUAGUCCCGAUGGAUAAACUUGGGAUUUGUACAGGCAUUCUCAGUUCUGUAUUUGCUCUAGCCAGUUUACUUGGCCCGAUUCUUGGAGGAGUGAUAUCAGAUAAGAGUACUUGGAGAUGGAUAUUCUGGCUCAACGUUCCUGGGAUCGCCUUCGCGUUCGCAAUCCUCGCUAAAUUUAUGAACAGCGGAAAAUCAAGCCAGCAAGUCCGAAGAUCCAUGAAGGCCAUGGAUAUCGUUGGUGCCUUCUUGUCUCUAGCUUGGGCUAUUUUGCUCAUCUUCGCGUUACAAGAAGGCGGUAAGGCCUACGAAUGGGACAGUGGUGUCAUUAUCGGAACUUUAGUGAGCGGCAUCGCAGUGCUCAUUGUAUUCGCUUUGUGGGAAUGGUGGACAUAUCGUUACACCAAUACGGAUAGUCUGUUCCCAGUUGGCCUAUUGAAACGAUCGGUGGUUGUAUUAUUGUUCUUGAACCUAUUGCUUCUCGGCUUCACCUUCUACGUCCCAGUCAUUCAGAUACCUCAACGCUUCCAGUACGUUAACGGCCAGACAGCGACACGGGCCGGAAUUCUCCUCCUUCCUUUGACAUUAGUAUCUCCCACGACAGCGUUAGUUGCUGGCUCUCUAGUGGGGAGACACCGACUCUGGGCCCCAGCCUUAACAAUUUUAGGAGGUUGUUUAAAUCUUGUUGGAAUUACCUUGAUGAGUACCCUGCCAGUCGACAAUGCCGUGCCAGGUGCUCAGUUCGGGUACCAAGUGAUCAUAGGGAUGAGUCUCGGGCUUAUGACACCUACGCUGCUAUACAUUCUCAAGGUUGAAGUUCCCGAGAAAGAGAUGGCUGGAGCAAUGGGAGUCGGGAACAUGGGUCGAACACUAGGAGGCUGCAUUGGUUUGGCAAUAUGCGGAUCUUUGCUGCAGUCAGAACUCAACAAAGAACUUCCCAAAUUUCUCACUCCUCAGCAAAUACAAGCCAUUACUGCGUCCUCGGGGUCGGCUGCCCAGGUACUAACCCCUGAGCAGCUAAUUCGAGUUGGUCGGGUAUAUGGUGAUGGUUUCGACCUGGAAUUCAAAGGAUUGAUCGCGUUCGCUGGACUUAGUGUCAUUACUGCAGUCCUGUUAUGGUUCUCUCAUACGCGUUCAUUGAAGAACAGAAUCCAAGGUGAAGACCGUGAGAGGGGAGAGGCAUUUAGGGAAAUGGCAGAAGCAUAG